AUGGCCAUCCAGCGCAACCGCGACGCGGGCACUAUUUUCUUGACGCAGGAGACCUACACCAAGGCCGCACUUGCCAAGUUCGGCAUGGCCGACUCGCACCCGACGACGACGCCGGCGGAGGUUGGACCGAUGAGCACAGUGGAGGAAGCGACUCUGACGUCGGAUGAGACUACAAUGUUUCGGGGAUCGAGGCCGGACAUUUCCCACACGAUACUCGUGCUUACCAAGAGCAUGGCUAAGCCCGGGCCUAAGGCGUGGGCUAAGCUAAUGCGACUGAUGCGGUACCUGAAGGGAACCGCAUCGCUGGGGAUAACAUACAGCGAGGACGCAUCGAACGGAGACAAACUAACCGCUUACGUUGAUUCCGACUUUGCACGCGACAUCGACGACAGGAAAUCGACUGGGGUUUUUAUUGAACUCGCAGGUGGCGUAGUAGACUCGACGGCUACGAAGCAAACGGUGACGGCUGUCUCGUCGGCUGAGGCGGAGCAUCUUGCAAUGUCCAAGGCCUACAAGAUGAUCCUCUACUGGCGCCACAUACUCCAGACUAUCAACCGGGAGCUGAAGGAAGCAACGAUAUUGUACGAAGAUAGUACUGGUGCCAUUUCAACUAAAGUCUAUAAUAGCAAGUCCAACAAGUUGACUCAACGUAACAAACACAUCGAUGUCAAGUACCACCACGUUCGUUCCCUAAUCCUUGACAAGGUAGUGGACGUGAAGAAGAUCGGAACUGACUGCCAAUAG